UACGCAUCUCGAGUGCUGGCUAAGGCAGAAAAACUGUACGCACAGAUAGAAAAGGAGGCCCUAGGAAUUUGCUUUGGAUGCGAAAAAUUUCACCAGUUCGUCUACGGCCAGAAAGUCACAAUUGAGACGGACCACAAGCCACUUUUGUCAAUUGCUCAAAAGGAAAUUAGUCACAUGCCACCUCGCCUUCAACGGUUCUUUUUGAGGUUGUUCAAGUAUGAUUUUGCUUUGCAGUAUAUUCCUGGGAAGCACCUUGUUCUUGCUGACAUGUUGUCCCGGUCAACUGCUGACAACCAAGACGAGGCUGGUGCUACUACCGACGUGGAAGUUCACGCAAUCCAGCUUCUAGGUUACCGUGUCACAGAAGCAACGCAGAAAGAACUGCAAGCGGCAACGGCUCGUGACCGCUACCUACAGUCGGUGAUCGCAAGUUUGUCGGUGGGGCUUCCAGUACAAGAUUCGGGCGACGACUUCUGGCUGGGCCUGCUGGCCUACCGCUCUACCCCACUGGAGGACGGGCGAUCCCCCGGUGAACUAGCAAGGAAGGCGCCUUCGCGCCAACCUCCCGGACUUCAGCGCGGUGACCGCAACCGACGUCAAGAAGCACAGCCAGGCCCAAGGGGGAAGACCUUUGCCUCCUCUGCAGAAGGGUGUCGUCGUGAGGCUCAGAGACGCUGCAUGGUCCCGAAAAGCUCAAGUGGUGGAUUCGCCAUAUCCAAGGUCCUACCUUGUCAAAACGGAGGACCAGAAGCUGUUAAGGCGCAACCGUCGUCACCUACUUCAAAAUGGCGAACGGUUCAUCGAGGAAAGCGACGACGACAUUGAUUCCAGCCCAGCGGACAACGUUGGUGGCCAUCCGACAGUGGCAACUUCAACCUCGCCAGCCAAGGGCCGGCGUCGCGAAGUUCUGACGUCGGGCGACCCUUCGCCACCUGUGGUGCGUCAGUCAACUCCACCACCGACGCCAGCUUUGAGAAGGUCGACUCGAACCGCGAAGCCACCACAGCGUCUUCAUUAUGACAAGGACUUUAACCAAGUGUGAUAUCAUUUUUUGAAGUGCCAUGUACUUGUCACUGUUUCGGUGGGUGUGUAAUUUCUUUGUUAACGGAAAGGAUGUAUCCGGCAAGGCUACUGCAUCACGACUGCGCAUCGGACAUGCGCAGAUACUCUCGGUGCGCUAUCGUGCGCCUAUAUAAUCAGUGACUGAAUAAACCGAUCGUUCUUCUUGUUCUGGCCAUCA